CUAAUCUACGUCAGUGGCGAUCAUGCAUGUGUGUGAUUUGAGAAUAGCUCGACCCUGAAAGAGGCGACGCUUCAAGCUUCAAUGCAAACAGUCCACAAGUACGCCUGGUAUAUCCUCGUGAUAGGAGGCAUCAUCACAACAACAACUCUUCGCCAUGUCCAAGUCACUCAAUGUCUUCAAGAAGCCACUCGCGCUGCACUCUACAAAUCCCAUGACUGGCUAUCUUCGUAAUGGCUACUGCGAAGUCCCCGCGAGCGACUUCGGCAACCACUCAGUCGCCGCAGAAGUCACCGAGGAGUUUCUCGACUUCACAGCAAAGCAAGGCAACGACCUACGACCAGUAGGUCUCAAAGGCGGCUGUAAGUGGUGUCUUUGUGCUUCAAGGUGGCUGGAAGCAUUUGACGCAAGAGAACGAGAACCGGCCGGCGAGAAGAUCGUACCGAAGAUCUUUCUGAAUGCCACGAACGAGAAGGCGUUGGGAAAGAUUGAACUUGAGAUCUUGAAGAAGUAUGCAGCUGACAAGGAGGCGUAACACACCUAGUUACUGAACGUAUCCUUGGUUGUCAGGUUGUCUUCUUUCCCUGCAUUCUAAUGCAUUUGUUGGGCAGACGGCGCAGUGAUCUUACUGCAAGCCUAUUUAUCAACACAGCAUUAUGCAAAAUGAACCGCAAACCCUCAGUUUCCAGUCUGG